AUGACAAUAAUUUCAGAAACAAUAAAGGGAAUAAAGGGUGUAAUAACAGAUAAUUCUGUUGUAAUUAAAGGAACAGCAACAAAAUACAUUUCACCUCAAAAAUUAAACCAUAUAAAAAGGCAAUAUAAACCAUCAGAUUUUAAACCAACAUUUAAAUAUAUCAAUUUAUGGGGUAAAGCAAGAUGGAAAGCACCAAAAGUUAGCAGUAGAAAAUUAGCUGAUAUGAGAAAAAAUUGUGAGUAUUUAGGCGUUGAUCCUACUAGUAUUGGAUUACCACCUAAACCCGAAAAGAAACCACCUAGAAGUAAACCUCGUAAAGGUGCUAAAUACGAAAGGAAUGCUCCUGAAAGAAAAGCAAAAAUUGCAAAAGCUUUAGAAGAAAUGCCACAAACUAUCGCAGCCUGGAGACUGGAAAAACUUAAGGAAAAAGAGAAAAAUAAGCCAUCUCUUCC